ACACUGGUAACGCAAUCCGUCGUGACAGUCAGCACUGUCAGCAGGCGCCUUAGCAGGCAUCUUCACGUACGUGAUUGGAAUGGGGCUGUUCGGAAUAAAUUCGUCUGUCAAAGCCAUUAAUCUGCGAAAUAUUUGGAGAUUGGCAAACAAGUAUGGUGGAUCUUCUAAACGAGUAGUCAACUGUAUUUCGUGGCGGUGCAGUUCAGGUCAUCGUGUUCACGUCGCUACUCCGCCAGUUUUCGACUCCAAGGUCGGAUUCACCGACUACGAGAAAGAACGCAGAGAAUUUCACUUUGAGGUUCCAGAAUAUUUUAAUUUUGCCAAGGUCAUUGAUGAAUGGGCAGAGAAGGAAAAGGUUGGGACAAGUUUUGUACACAUAGUGCGUGUAAACAAUAAUAUUAAUUAUGCAAUGUCAUGUCACAUGGUGUAAUAGUGCCGUGAUACAUUACAAGGCGGCUGAACACAGUUUCCCUAGAAUUUCUUUAUCCCGUAAUUUACUGUGCUUGUUAACAUCUGCUUCAUGAUGAGAUAUGAGGCCAAAAAUCUUUUAAAGAAAAAAGUGCGACGACAUAAGCUGAGAAAAAUGCCCAGACGUUGUUGGUAGAAAAUAAAUUUGACACAUCACGUGAUCUCAUGCAAUAACAACAACAAUGGGCACGAUCCAUUCAACCAAAAUUCAGACCGGUCCGACCGGCAAAAGAGGACCACCUCAAAAGGUGGACCAGUUUUUUCGAAACUUUUCUGGUUGGACUGAACCGAUCCAUUGAGUUUUGGACCGAAAUUUCCGGAAAUUUUGGUUGAAUUGAUGGCGCCCAAUAACAAACACACCACCAUGCAGUGCACACAAGUGUUGAGCCUGUAGCGAACUUUGGGAGGGAUUUGAGAGUGCUGGGGUGCUUACCAUUUGACAGGAAAAUCCGGUUGGGGUGUCAAAGGCCUUAUUGUAAGGAUUUCACAUUACAGUAGAAAUUUCAUGGUUUGAAUCCAAAAAAAGGGCGAAUUUGUGUAGCGUGAGUCUGGAACCGUGAAGGAACCAACAAAUUGGUUAAUGGUAAGCAAAAUUCCGUUUGGUUUGUACCAACCAGAAUGAAAGGACUACCUCAAAACGUACUCCUAAAUUUUCGGUUGGAAUUUCCGAAAAGUGACCUUACCAUUUACCUUCCAUCCAGAAUUUCCAAAAUUUUCUGUCAAAUGGUAAGCACCCCUGAUGUUUUCAGUUAACUUAUUUUUUUGUGACACCCUAGUGCUAGGGUAAACCCUACCUGAGUGCUCGGGUUACCCUAGCAAGAGGAUUAACCUAUAUGACUUGUAAAUACUCUGAUAGGGAUAACUGGCCUACCCGAGACAACUUUUCUCCACCAUGCGUGACCCGUAAUCUUGACAAUUGAACAGUUAUCCAAUUUCUGAGCUAAAUUAUAAACAUCUGAACAAUAUAAGGUAUUUCUGUAUCAGAUUUAUUGUGAAUUUAACAUAUUUUUCAUUGAGAACUUCAAGUUUUAUUUCAAAUCUUGGAUGUUACAAAGAAUGCCAUGCAUGAUGAAACACGUCAGUAAAGGUGAUAAAGUUAACCUGGGUGAUUGGGUCGGAUUGGGUAACCCUACAUGUGAAAUUUGCUUGUAAACCAGAGCUAACUUUAACCUGCUUGCUAGGGUAACCCUAGCACAAGGGUAACCCUCUCUCCUUGUAAACAGGCCCUAACUAAACAUGUUUAAUUAAACUAGGUUAAAAAAAGAUGAAAAACAGUAACGGAAAAAUCAGCCUUUUACACAGAAUUUAAAUGAACUUUAAUAUACAGUUAGCGAUUGGAAAUUUAGUGUUCUGAAGACGUUGCGAAGAGUUCAGUCUAACACAAACACACGAACACGAAGGACUAGGACCUCAUCUCCAGUGACUUCCCCGACUAAAAUAUGAGAAUUUGGAGAAAAUGUGUCACUUAAUGCUGUAAUGGCUCAAACGUUUCCACCAGGUGUGAGAAAUUGGAACACAGGCAUGUGUAGGCGUGAGCUCAAAGUUUUUGACCCACAGGCGUGAGAAUCACACCUUAGGCAUGACACAUGACAGGUACAUGUAUAUGGGGCGUAAUUUGUAUUUUAAAAUGAGGGUCGCCAGUUGUCAGCCAUAGGGGUACGGGCCGGGGGGGCGAGGGGGGCUGCAGCCCCCCCAAAUUUUGGGCAACUCAGAUUUUUUGGGCAGUGAGAGAAAAUUUGAGCAAAGCCAGUUUUUAAAGACCUCUCCAUGUUUAUUUAAUUAUUUUAAAGACCUGAAUAUUAACCUGAAGUUGGCAUAAUAAUCCAGUUACAUUACAGUGGUUGCCUAGCAUGUGAUGAGUAAUUUACAUAUUUGCAGUUUUUUUUGGUUGGGCACUAUACUGCACUGCACUAGCUGGAAUGGGCUAUUUCCAGUCGUGAAUUGAUUAAAAUAAACUUUUGAAUAACUUUCUAGAAUCAUCUCUACUCGAAGAACAGAGCAUGGCAGAUAGCAUUUAGCAAUGGGUAUGAAAAUGAAGAAGUGGCUGACUAAUUCUCAGUUUGAAUUACGAGAAGAAUUUUAAUUCUUUUAAAAAGUCUAUCGAGCGGUUUAAAAUUAUUCGCUAAUUUGUUAAAGUAGACUGAAAUGUUUACAAAACUGCUAACAAGAGUGUCUCGAUUCAUACUAAUCAAAUCCUUCUUUCGAUUCUAGCAAUCAAGCAGAGCUAUCUCCAUGAUCUUUCACACAUGUUUUUAAAAAGAUUAAAACUACUAUGAGGUGAAAUUGCAGGUCAAAAGCGCUUCGUUUUCUACAGAUAACGGCCAAAAAUCAAGAUUUUCCUGUUCUUACCGUAUUUCUACAGGAGCCCAUCAUUUGAUGGGCUCCUGAUUUCUAAUAAUAAAAACUUCAUUCCAAAAUAUCUCGAUAAGGUUUUGCUUAAACUCCACGAACAUCGAGGCGACCAUACUGGAGAAAAAAGCUCCUGUGAACGAUUUUCUAAGGUUGCCGUACCGGGAAUCAUUGCUGAAGUAAAGUAGGUAAUGGGCGGGGGGAGUCAUUUCGUUGCUAUGACAACUCCGAUGUCAUGGCAACUCUGAUGAUGACAAAUACAACUGUGGUCGCAAUUUUUCCAAAUGUUUGUUUAUGGCGACGUAGUUUAUGCUCAGACUUGGUAUUGACCCUGAAAAACCGUAUCGAGCCACCUUCAUAUGGCAGGACGGCCUAUGUUGUUGCAAUAUGGCCCUCAUUUCUUUUCGACUCUUUCGGAAAAAUUUGGGCAACUUGCGAGAUUUUUUUGGGCAAAUGGUUUACUGCCCCCCCUGGCAAAAAAUUUCCCGUACGCCUAUGUUGUCAGCUGUGUCAAAUUUAUAUCUGAGGAAAUGACAAAUGACUGGAUUUUGGGCGAAUAACCAAAUAGAUUCAAAACUUUAGGCUUGUUUUCGUUCAUCCAUGUUGACAUGGUUGUGAUUGAAAUCCUAGUUACACAGGUAACCUGAUAAUAUAAUGUCAUGUUUUAAAAUAUAUUUUGUCUGUGCUAAGUAUUUGAGCUUUAUACCAGCUGCAAUCUUGGACUCUUAGGUAACACCUCAAUGAAUGUUAACAAACCACAAUCUAUCAAACUGUGUUCAGCCACCUUAAGAGAUCUACAACCUUCUAUAAACAAUAAUUUAUGUUAAUAUUUUGAUUGAUAGGUAGCUUUUGAGAAUCUAAUGGUUAUGUGGCGAGCAUGAUAAUGUGCUAGCAGGAGGCAAAGCUGCAAGUGGUGUGUCUCUUUUUGUGGCCUAUGCACUGUCUUUUUGUGAUAUGUCCUCAAAAGAGAGUUAUUGCCCGCAGGUUUUGUCCAUCGGGGCAGUCACAAGGGCAGUCACAAGGGCAGUGUUAAUUCAAGAGAGGCAUUUACAAAAUCAUUGAAAACAAUUAAUUGUUGUAGAUCAUUUUUUAAUAUUACGUAAGAUGGAAAGUUGUUACAAUUCCAAUGUCUUGCUUUUUUGGCUGACAUGGAAUCCUAAUAAUCAAUUGUCUGGAUCGAUGGUGUGGAUUACCAAGAUGUACCUAAUUUUUGACCUGGUAGGUACGAAACACAGGGGCACAGAUCGUAGGUUAGAGGUUCAGGUCACUUCUCUAUUGAUAAGUAACUGAGAUAAGCAGUUUCUCCUUAAGCUAAAACUCUGUUUCAGAUUGUGAUUAGGACUAGAAGACACUUUAAUGUUGUUUAUUUACCAUAGCACUGUGACCUGUACUCAAACCUGCACUUGUGAACUGUGACUUGUGACCUGCAUUUUGUUUUGUGCCUGCCUACGCCAUAUGGAAGUUGAUUCACUCAUGUUCCUUGCCGGCUAUGCAUGACCUGUUCUUAGCAUAAAUUGUUUGUCCAACCAAAAUGUGAGUAAGUAUAAGUAUUACACUAACCUGUUCAGCAGACAUUACAGGUAUUUUAAUAUUGGGUCGAUCAGUUGGGGAAGAAAUAAUGGAUUCUGAGAACUGGCCAUACAUAACUUAUCAGUGUUAAUAUCAGGAGUUCCAUACAUUCCAGUGGAAUGUCAAGGUAAUAUUCUGAUAAAGCAUUCUUCCAAGGAAGUGAAUGUUGUGAUUGUUAUUGUUGUUUUUUUUUUGUCAUGUUAACAUGUGUAGAAUGGACACAGAGCAAAGGGACACCCGGCGUUUUGGUGGGUUGAUGAUAAAGGAAAUGAAAUAAAGUGGACAUUCCAAGAACUUGCUCAACGAAGCAGAAGGUAAAUUCGAGAAUGAGGGGACCUUUUACCGCAGAUCGUUUUUUGUCCAGUUGAUAAUCCUGACAAAGGAAGUGCACAAUUAUUGAUUUAGGGUAGCUGAAGAGUGGCCUCUUUCAAAAACGGUCAAAGAGGCAUCUUCCUCAGAAGCAUUCUGUCUUCCCUUAAUAAUGGAUCAAGAGAAGUCCACUUGUCGGGUACAUUUUGUAUUAGCAAAAAAUCCUUGUAACAAAAUGUAAUGGCAGAUCCAGGGGAGGGGCCCUGGGCCCCAGGCCCCCCUUGUUUAUAGACCAAACUGAGGCCCAAAGGACCGAAAAAAUUUUUUUGGGACCAAGGCCGGACCUUUUAACUGCGGCAAACUGUUCCAAAUUUGACAAUAGAUACUAAACGUGGCUGAAAAAUGUUUAAACAUUCGAUUUACCAAAACGCGCGUGAGAUUGUGUACAAUAAAAUCAUAAUAACUGGGCGCAUGGACUUCAGAUAAUUAUAUUAAAACUUGGAUGUUUCCAUUGGCGAGCCCAUUUUGUGUGCUCUCUGGUAGUUGUUAUCGCAUGAUUUACUCAUAAUUUGUUUGUUUCAUUGUUGCUGCUGUUUCUGAAAGAACCGCCAAUGUUCUUCUCGGAGGUGGUGAAGUUCAAAGAGGAGACCGCGUCAUGGUGAUAUUGCCUAGACUUCCUGAGUGGUGGCUUCUUAACAUCGCUUGCUUACGAACAGGUAAAAUAAAUCAUCAUCACUACUUAAACUAGAGAGCAUUGAAUUAAAAUAAACUCUUACAGGAGCCUGAUGAAAGUAUAUUUUUGCUUUAUCAGUUAACUCAGUGAAGAGGAUAGGGAGGCCCAUGCGCAGUUCAUGUCCAAUCAACCUAGACACUAGCCUGAAUUUCGAACAUUACUUCGAGUCGCCUUCUCCCGCAGUGUCACUGAGGGAGUAAACAACUCGAAGUGGUGUCGGAAAUUCAGGCUACCAAUACACUUCAAUUUCUACUGGCUAAAGAUUGGAAGCUAGUGGUAUUUGUUGUAUUUAUGUGAAGAUUAAGAUAUGUAGCUUUAAUUUAGUCAUGGAUAUGUUUCGGUUCAAUUUUAUCUUUUGUUUAAAAUGUUUUUAACGUACCCAAAAACAAAGGAAAAUGAUAUUUUCCCUAGGAAUGCUAUCAAUUUUUAAACUUAUCAGCACAAUUCAAGAUCCUUAUGAGGCUAUGUAAAGGAUUGACAUAGUUAUGAAUUAAAGGCAAACAUGAUGGCAAAGGAGUUUCAAAAAUUUAGCCAUUCUAUGCAUACAUUGUGCAAUACCUCGCCAUACCAUGAAACUUACGGUACCUUACGGUAACCCAUACAUGCGACUACUAUACACAAACAGAUUGCGUGGUCUCCCUGUUAUGUAAUGGAGUACCAAGUAGUGGUAACACUGCGUGGCUCGUUAUAUUUACAUUUGACUAACGCCCCGUUUAUAUGGAGAAAACUUUUUCCGGGUAGAAGGUUCACUCGCACACCCGAGCUACCCUGGGGGAAGGAGUGGUGAGCGAGCCAACUUUUCCUACAUUUCCGUGCGAAGCGUAGCGAACCAUUUACAUGACAAGCAAACCGUUGGCUUGCCUAGAGGGGUUGCCUGCCUAGCCGUCACCCUCCUAGUCGGGCCAACUUUUCUGCAUAUAACCAUAUUGAGCAGGGUCAAAUCAGUCAAGAUGAGACAAUCAGAGCAUGCGCCACCACUUUUGUCAGCUCUCAGCUCGAGCGAAGGGGUCAACUUUUUUGGCUCAUGUAGAUGCUCGCCAAAGUUGUCUUUGCUGGGAGAAUGACCUUCUUUCCCGUGACUAUUUUUUCUUAUAUAAGUGGGAUCUAAAAUUGCGGACGGCAAUGUCAGGUUAGCUCCCAGUUUUGUCCCAUUGUCUUUCUAGGGACAGUUAUCAGCCCUGGUUCAACUCAGCUACGAUCCAGAGACAUUAAAUCACGCCUGUUGGCAUCCCACGCCACUUGUAUCAUAGCAGAUGAAGACAGCGCUAAAUUGGUUGAUGAGGUACAUUAGCACUUAAAAAAUUAUGUUUUAAACGUUAUUAGUUUAGAUUUCUCUGUUAGUACCCAUGUUGGGAUUUGUCAAUUUUUGUGCCGUAUCGAGCCGUACAGCCCGCUAAAUAUGAAAAUUUCCUUUCUUCUUGCCCGACCUCAGAGAUGUAGUAAAUAUGUUACUAACCUCGUUUUCUCGGUACGUAAGUUAUGGAUCCUAGUUUUUUCCUUUGGAUUCAUGACUCAAGCCCGACUCGUAUCAAUUUGUCGUAUUUAUUAGAUUGAAUAUGGUCGCAUGAGCAAGCAAUCUCGUUUUCAUGCGGGUGUUACUAAAUUAGUACAGAGUUUAAAUUUGGUGGCUGAUGUGUUACGCCUCGUUUUGUAUAUUUUUGUAUAUUUUCUAUACUUUUGUGUUUCUUGGCUGUGAAAACCAUUUCAACAUAUACCCAACGUUGAGUGUUGAGACUGUCAACCAUCAUUAUUUAAAUGACUUUCUUCCUUGCAGGUUGCAAAAUUUUCUCCUUCUUUGAGAAAAAAGAUACUUGUAAGUGAAUUGGACCAGAAAACUGAAGACAGGUACUCAGCCCAGCUUCUUCAUUCACAUUACCCCAGCACUGACUGAUGAAUUGUUUUACCCUUCACGGCUCAUUAGACUGGAAAACAGACAGGUUUUUCUUUUAACUUGUUAGACUAACCUUACCAAGGGAUACUUACCCGUGUAGACGGCGACUGAUACCUGAUGGCUCAAAUGACCAAACAACCAUGUAGCGCUCAACUAUUCCAGGACCUUUAGCUUUGCGCUUUUGUGUUUUUUUUAGACAAUAGAGUUCCCGCAGUUUCUUUUUUUUGCAAAAAUUAACUCCAAGUUGAAAAAUAAAUAUUUUCACAAGCAUCAACCGAAAUUUUACGCGAAAUAUCAAUUGAGACGGUUUAUUAGGAACAGAAAACAACUGCGAAGUUAACCAUCAUAAAUAAUCAAACCCUGCCUUGGAGCAAUCCAUGGCUUGUGAACAUGUCUCCUAGUGAUGGAUAGGACGAAAAAUUGAGUCAGGAGAGAAGAGAAAGGCAAGGUGACGGGGAGGGAAAGAGGGAGAGGCCCUCGUGCCCCUUCCCUUAGUUUCCCUCCGCGUGAUGUUCUCGUCUGACUCCAACCGGACACCCAAUCGAACACACAAGGGUGAUAUAUAAAUGUAAUGGAAAGACGGCGGUAUUUGACAUAUGUUAGGUUUACUUCGAACACGCGUUAUGAUUUUUUCUCUCAGGAAAGGCUGGCUUCCAUUUAAAGAAUUGUACGAACAAGCCUCUUCAGAGCAUGAGGUUCGUAAUCAUGUAGUUGACGUUUUUAGUUCAGCUAAGUUGUUGUUACCUUUGUUAACGUAUAGUUGAGCCUCAUCUUAAUAUUUUGUGCUUCUUUCAGUGCGUGAAAACGCUCAGUAUCGAACCAAUGACGGUUUACUUCACAAGUGGAACUACAGGACAUCCAAAAAUGGCGGAACACACACAUGCUAGCUGCGGACUUGGGCAUAUAACUACCGGAAAGUAAGAGUCUUCCCAUUAAGUACCUCUGCUAUUUCCGCUGGUAAUCCUUGGCAUACUGUCCUAUGGAUUUUACAUAAUUAACUUUCGAUGGGCCGUUCCUUUUUUUAGCAUAUUUUAUACCUUUUCCCUCAGGCGAAUUUUAUUAAUCAUUGGCUUCUAAACAAUUAGCUGCCCACUUGAGGUUUUUAAAUUUACUUGCUUCAUUCUACAGGUACUGGUUGGACCUCUCACCUGAAGACAUACACUGGAACAUAUCAGACACGGGCUGGGCAAAAUCCGCCUACAGUAGCUUUUUCGGACCGUGGCUUCAAGGCGCCUGUGUAUUUGUAUAUCACAAGGCUCGCUUCGAGUCCCUUGCUAUUUUAGAGACGUUGCAAAAGUACCCUAUAAGUACUUUCUGCUCACCCCCAACAGCUUACCGAAUGAUGGUCCAAGAGGAUCUGGCCAGUUACAAGUUAUCACAGUUAAGGCAUUGUCUUAGUGCAGGGGAACCUUUGAAUCCGGAGGUUAUCGAUGAGUGGAGAGAUGCGACUGGGCUUGAGAUCCGAGAAGGUUACGGGCAAAGUGAAACCGUAAGUAUACAGCUGGAAAAUCUGAGACUGAUGUACAGAGUGAUUCAAAACAUUUUCAUAGUCACUUACUUAUCAAAAAAAGUGGUUUAUAGCGCUCAGGAAUAUAUCUGAAAAAUCUGUGAAACUCGCCGAUAAAUUACUGAACUAGCGACUCAGUAAUAAACUAAUCAGAAUUAUGAUUAACAGUAGUUUAUAGUGCUCAGCAAAAUGGGCCAGAACUAUUGUUAGCACUAGUUUAUGGACGGUGCUUAGGAAAAUUGUAAGAAAAUUUGAAGAACGUCUGGCCCCUUUCGGAAAAUGUAAGAAACUCGCCGAUAAAUUACUGAACUGACGACUCAGUAAUAAAUGGGCUAGAACUGUGAGACAAAGUAACGUCACAAGUUCAAUUUGUUUACCUGAAGUUAGCUCUAAACAGGGUGCAAAGAAAAUCAUUUUUACAGCUUGCUUUUCGGGUAAGCUGAAGCUACAACCAGUUGCAAAAAGACUGGAGACAUUGUACCUAAUUUGGAUGUCAAGGGUACUUAUAAGGUCCACGCGUUUCAGACCCCUCCCUCUCCCUUCUCAAAGUUGGUCACAAUAGGAGAUCAUGCUGAAAUUUUCGAGCAACAACAUUGAAAAUAGGGAAUUAGGGAGGGGGGAGUUGUUUAACCUCUGAGAUGUGUGAUUUUAUGCGAUCUUUAGUGAAAAAGAGUGUUUUCCUGGUCAAGUGUCUCAACAUUUUCGCAACUGGUUGUAGCAUUUACUAGCCCAGUCGUCAUUUCAACUAGCCUCAAAAGCUUUUUGAUGGGCAGAAUUGAUUUCACAGUUCUUCUGUUAUUCGAAUUCCUCAAAAAACAUCACUUGCCCGUCGGACAAGUUAAAAACAGAAUUCACUAGCCCGAUAGCAAAAUCCACUAGCGGACACUACUUUCUUUGCACGCUGUCUAAAGCUAUUUUUUUCCUCAGUGCAACAUCGCGUAUUUUUACGUUUAGAGCCAGAAGGAGUUAGAUAUCGUAAUCUAAAGAUAAGGUAUUUUGUUAUCUUCUAAGGUCAGUUAGUAGAGAAAUUUAGAAUUACAGUCACGGCAAACGGCAAACGUCAUUUUGUACAUCGGAUUGAUCAUGUUUUCCCUUAGUUACUUGUCGAUUACUGAUCAUUAGGUUUAUCCGCAAAGAUUAUCUUGGUUGGUUUUUAUCGGUUCAUUUCAUUAAUUAGAGACUUUUAGAUCCGAGUUUACCGCGAACCUCUAACCGCGGUUUGCGGUUACCCGUUGCGGUUGCACUUGCACUUUUUUAUUUGAGUGUCAAUGUAUUUAGCACGAAAGUGCUAAUUGGGGACACUAUUUUUACGUCUCCUAAUGGAGACGGGACCGCCAUUUUACGUUGUCAUUCGAGCCACGCGAAGGUCUAGCCGCUUGCAGUGCAAAGGAAGCACCUUCAUUUUUCAGUCAUUUUAAGACCCUGAGUAAUGGUCCGGCCCCGGGAAUCGAACCCGCGACCUCCCGCUUUGCAGUCAAACGUUCUACCGACUGAGCUAAUCCUGCCACGGUUAAACAUAAUUCGAUUUAGAUUGGCGGUGGAUUAAAGAAGUGGAUUCUGGUUUAUUUUUCCAUUUAGAAAUAGAAGAAAUAUCAAUCAAUGAAAAUAAAAGAAAUUUACGGUAACACUGGGUUAUCUAGCAGCAAAGAGCAGUAAAUUCUUACAUUAGUUCUUCUUGCAAAUUUACGGCCGCCAUUUUGAAUCAGCAGCCAUGAAUGGCACUUGUUUUCAAGAUCCAAUAGGAUUUAUCAAAUUUAGCAUUUCGCCCGAAUUUGUGCCUCGGUUAGUGGAUAAAGACUUGUUCGACAAGAUUUUUGUAUCAUUACGUGGGAUAAAACAAGAAUUAUAUGCUAAAAGCUUUCAAGUAAAUGACAUACGUGAAAACCUACCUCCCCACGUUGAAAACGCACGUCGUAAACCUCAAACGUGACGCGAAAGACUUGUCACGUGACCUCCAGCGGUUAGAGGUUCGCGGUAAACUCGGAUCUAAAACUCUCUAUUAUUAAAUUGUUAACUUGAACCACACGUCAGAGCUUUGCCGUAAAGAUGUUUCUUAAUCUCUAUAGUGCAUCUAAAAGCUAACGCAGACGUACAGCGUCUGGUGUAAAAAUAAAGAGUUUGACUGGGACGAACGUCAGACCAUAGCUGUUACAACCGACUUUAAGAUUAAUGGAACUGGACACAACAAGUGUCUCAUACUCUUUCUUAAUGCUGUUGGUAAAUAGUUUGUUGCUGUUUCUCAUUAAAUUAGACCCUUUUGUGUGGUACAUUUCGCUGCCUUGAAAACCGCCCUGGGUCCAUGGGGAAACCUGCUCCUGGAUAUGAUUUGAAGGUUAGUAGCUAACUCUAUCGAUUGUAUGACUAAACUGUUUAUUGAAGGGACUGCAGUGUCACGGCUGUUGUCUCUAUUUCAUUUUGAUAAUAAUGCCAAUUACGCAACCUUGCUCGCUACGGAACUUGAAAAGUUACUUGUGAAUGACAGAACCACCGCUUCGUGUCAAACAAAUGUCUCCCAAGCAUUCAGGAGCCUAUGGUCAUGGGUUCCUGAGCAUUAUAUCAAACCAUAUCUUUUCUCACUGCAUACAAAAUUGGCCCGUGACGCAAGUAACUCCUUGAAGUUCCGUCGUGUUGAGCCAGCGCGCUGGUGGCAUGUUCUACUUCUGCCCUUGCUUAGAAUUGCUGGGUUUUUGCCCGGCUCUUGGCCAGUUCACAGUGGACAGGUUUCGCCCCUCCCACCUCCCGUGGUAGCGGUUGACGGACGUCGCAUACCCCCUGGCAGUAGCGGUUUCCUCCUAAACUUAGUUCCUCGUGUCGGGUCAAUAGCUGUGCAGUGGGAAUAUUAUACAAACUUUACAAACAUCAAAAAUGGACUUUGAAAAACUGUUAGGCUAACAAGUUUUCAAAGACGACCAUUGCAAACCUUUUCAAUCUUCUUCAACUUUGUCCAUCCGUGCCUCCUUGUGUAUUUGCUGUGUUAUUUAUACCUUCUUUUAAUUUUUUGAGAGGUUAUUUUUAUGUUUCACUCAAUUUUGUAGCAGUUCCUACCGUUUGAAUUUUGUAAAAUUACGCUACCUUGAUCUACACUGAUUUCUUUCCUCCUGCCUCUAUUCAUGACCACUGGUAUCUCCAUAAAAGGCACGUCCGUUUCAGGUCUUCAUUUGUCACUGGUCUCAGUGGGUUUGUUGUUUUUAUCAUUUGAUAAUCAGACGUCUACUUGUCGUUGUAGAUUGUGGAUGAGAAAGGUAAUGAAUGCCCCGCUGGAGUGGAGGGCGAAGUUGUUGUGUCGAUGACACCAAACAAACCAGUGGGUCUCUUUACUCGUUAUGUGGUGAGUACUGACGAAAGUAAAGUUCCGGAGAAAUGAAUCAGAGAAACUCUGAAAAACAACAAAGUACAAGAAGAGAACUUUAUUCCGCAGUUAAUAAGGCAAGUUUGUCUUAAGAAAUGGCGAAAGGACUUACACAUCCACUUAGCAUCCAGAAAAGGUUGUCCAGGAAUGCUAUUGAAUUGCAAACUGUGUCGCAAAAAUGUUAAUGAAUAGUGUUUGCACUUUAAUGUAUGCCAGUUGUCCCUAUUGACUUUCAAGAUGGUGUUAAUGAAUUUGAUGUUGGCGUUAAUGAAAGUAUAUUUUUCACUUCUGUAUGCCCAAUGACGCGUAUGAAUACCCAAAAGUGUUAUUGAAUGUUGAUUAAAAUGCAAAAAUCGUAAUUGAAUCUGAUUUAUGCGCAAAUGUUCGUUUUUUCGCGCGAAUGAAUGUAUCUUCGCACAAUUGGUCGCCGUUUCACGCAAAUGAUUGCUUAUUUUCUCGUAAUGAACAGCAAAAGAUGUACAGAGAACGAACCUCUUAAGUCAUUUUAUUGUUUUUUUUUUUGUUUUACAGGAUGACCCAGACAGAACAGCCUCUGUCAUUCAUGACAAUUUAUACUGGACAGGUAACACUACCAGUGUGAGAAUGCUCAAUAACAAAUCAGUAAAUCUGAAUAACUCAUCAGCCUCGUUAUUUGGUACGGUGGUAGUGAAAUUCACUACACACCAACUUGCCUAUUGACGCUGUUUGGUCAUUUUGCCAUGUUAUCCUUAUCUUUUAUUUCUUUUCUGCAUGAAGUAUUGGAGGGUUAAAUUUGAUCUUUCGCACAGAAUUAAUCAGGGGCACCCAACGACUGAAUGUUUCCAAAUACGUCAAACGUUUCUCUAAUGGUUUUCUCUAUGAUUUUAAAGCCUGUUUGAUUAAUUUGGAGUUUACCUGAUGUCUCGGGGAACUUUGGUCACCUGGAAAGUUUUUGUCUCACCCGAGACUAUUAGCCACCCUGAUGGGUCCGAGGACAUGGAGAAACCUUACCUCCAUUAGAAGAUUCUACGGGACGCCUAGGCUUCAUUCCAAAUUUUUCAGGGGACCUUUUUCAGUAUUAACAAUAAUCGCAAUAUCUUGGUAAUAAAAUGUGAAAAACUCAGCUUCCAAAAAUCGAAGGUUAGGUAGAAGAAAAACUCCGAAUAUCUUCGACGAGUGGAACUGUUACCUAGAAAUGUUUAGCCUUUCUGAAGCUUUAGAAAUUUCUAGGCAAUAUUUGCUCCUUCUAAGAGUUAUUUUACAGAAAAAUGUCAUCGGGUGCCCUGUUAUUAUCCUUUGUAAGUGCUACCCGACUCAACGUUUACCUUUACCGUUCUUUCUUUCCGCGAUUUACCACUAAAAACUAAUCCAGACGUCUUCGUUCGAUUUCCACUACGGCCAAUUCUUUUUGGGAAUCUUAGAAUGAUCUCCAGGGCUUUAAAUUACAACUCAGUGGCUGUUUCACCGUAUUGGAAAGUUGCCUUGUAUUCAGUCUCACCAUCUACCGCUUUUUGCAGGUGAUCGAGCUAUUCGAGACAGUGAUGGCUACUUCUACUUUGUCGGACGUUCAGAUGACGUCAUACUCUCUGCUGGGUUGGUAGUGAAUGUUUUGUUUUAAUGUUAAGCCAUCACAGGCCUUCUGCGUAAGAUUCACUGCAUUUAGAAAGCAGUUACAAUCAAUACGAGACUUAAUACUAAAAUACGAAAUUUUCAGUCACAGUUUUAUCCGCCUUGUUACUCGUGUUGCGUGCGCCUUAAUGAUGUAAAAUUACUGGGUGAAUAAACAUCAUCAUCAUCAUCAUCAUCAUCAUCAUCGCUGAUGACUAAGACUAUGUUCAUACUGUAAAGGAUAGCUUAUGCGCCGGCGCGAAAAUUAUACCUGAUAGGGUUUCUGUUCACACACAAGGACGGUUGUGGCGGCGCGAUUUCUGUGACGGAGCGAAGCUGCGCCGCGGCGAUCAGAUAGGUGUUCACACUAAACAGGAGAGGCUAAAUGGUUGGAAUGAGCAAUGAGGAGAGCUACUCAUCAUAGCAAGAACAACAGAAAAAAACAACAACAACAACAACAACAUACAUAUGAAUUUAAACCUGUCGUAUUAUCGGAAACUCGUCGGCUCAAAAACCGGCUAUGCAGGUAAUAAAAUUUGCCUCCCCCCGUCCUUAUUUCACGAAAGCCAGUUCCACUUGUUUUUCUUUAACUCAGGUCAGUAGUUGGGUAGUAUUAUUGAAAUGACUGAAAUUCUAUAAAUUUAAAUAAAGAAAGGUCAUUAUUACCAGUAUAAAUCGGUAUUGACGCAUGAUUUGUUGUCAGGUAUCGUAUUGGUCCAUUUGAAGUGGAAAGUGCUUUGAUAGAGCACAAUGCAGUUGCAGAGGCAGCUGUUGUCAGUAGUCCUGAUUCCGUCAGGGGAGAGGUGAGUAAACUGCUUUUUUCAGUAACCCUCCUUCUCUCAUGUGUGGGUAGUUUAGAACACAGUAGUAAAUAUAUCCUUAAAUGCGAGGGUCAGAGGGAGAAAAAAAGCUCUUUAUUUUCGAUUAUUUGAGUAUCAAUGAGACUACUUUUACGUCUCUUAGUGGAGACGGGACUGCCAUUUUACAUGGUCAUCAGAACCACGCGAAGGUCUAGCCGUUUGCAGGGAUACGGCAAUACCACCAUUUCUCAGUUAUUUUCAAACCCUGAGUACUGGUCUGGCUCCGUGAAUCGAACCAACGGCCUCCCGCUUUGCAGUCAAGCGGUCUACCGACCGAGCUAAUCCUGUUGUGGGGGGAAAUGCCAGUUGACGAUUUUGUCACUGCAAGUUUAAUACCAGAAGGGGAGAGGUGAGGAAAUUGGUCUGCCAUGUUGCAAAUGAUUCAAUUUUAGUGUACAGUUCAGAUGCGUUUUGCAGAGGAAAGUGCAAGGGCUUGUUUACAUGGAGGUGGGGUAACCCGCCUGUCCAUAUAAUCUCUCAUUUUAAUUUGAUUACGUUUACAUGAUAGGUGGGGUGACCCGCCACAUGUUACCUCACCUAUCUGGGGUCCCCCACCUCCAUGUAAACAGGCUCUUAAACACUAGUUGGUAUUUAAUUGUCUCUCGUCUUACUUUGUGCAUAGUUAUUAAAGUGGAAUGGUUAUGAAACCUGUUAGUCUCCUUUGUUAUAUGUUUUUGCUAGAUUUUUUGAACUUGACCGUGCACAACGUUCAAUAGCAUUCCUAUCAUUUUAAAUUUACUGACCAAUAGAAAAAUUGCAUUAAUUUAUUCAGUCCAAAUUUGUGAGCAAAAAACAAAGGACUGUACACGGUCAGGGAACUUCCAACGUAAACUAAAGCACCGUUGUUUUCAACUUUGAUGCGUGUAGGCUUUCACAACCAGUCUCCUCUACUAACUACGCUUUGUGUUAUAGUUUGUAAGUUAUUGACCCGGUAAGCAGGUAAAAUUGUACAUCCAUGAAAAUAUAUUUAUGAUAAUUGCCAUCCUCGGAGACCCAGGGGCAGAUAGUGGGGGCGAGAGAAAGUCUAAACGGGCGGGAAAAUAUGGCACGAAGAAAAGAAAAGAACGGCGAGAAGAGCCCUUGGGGACAAUGUCUUACCAGACCAGUUCCAAACUGUCGCGGUCGUUCUGGCUUCUGAUUGGUGCCAGAAAACUUUUGUGUUUUUCUGCCCAAUCAGAAGGCAGAACGGCGGCGACCAUUUGGAACUGGUCUUAGUCAGGUCUCUUAGGGUCAGGAUCGUUACAGAGUUGACAAAAGCACCAAACUUUGCACAGCGAUAGCUUAUUGCAGUACCAUGAAUAUUAGAGGGGGUGCCCACUGCAAAUAUGCCACUGAAGCGUGCUAAACAGGAUUUUAUUAUUGUAAAUUUCACCUGCUGGGGUCCCUGUGGUGUUUUGAUUGAAAAUUGUUAUUUAAUGCCUUAAAUCACUCUGAAUUCUAUUCUCAGGUUGUAAACAACAAUUUCACUCGAACAUCUGGCAUUCCCAUCCAUUUUUGCUUAUUGAUUGUAUAAUUAAGUUGGUUAUUACUGUGCCCUUAAAGCAAGUCCACAGUCCGCCCACAUUUUCAUAAGUCAUUUCUAAGAUGGCCUCGUCUUUGCUUCAUAACUUGCAAGUACUCAGCUUCUGGGGUCUCUUCUCCUUUUCUAAUGUAUUUCAAUUAGAGGAGGCCUUAUUGUGUGGCUUAAGCCUUAUUUAUCAAGUAUUACUUGUCAUUACUUGUCACUUUAAGCUGAAGGAAGCAAACAAAAUUUCAGAAAAAAGAAAUUGUCAAAGAGUCUGUUGUAUCACAUAUUAUCAGGGAUUUAUGACAGCUAUUCAUGAAGAGCAAAUAACGAAAUGACAGAACCCAAAAUAGUUCUUUCCUAGGGAGGUAAUUAAUUUUUCAGCUUAACAUAGGCCUGGAUGCCUUUCAGUUUCUCGUUAUCCAGUUAUCUCCUGGACGCAAGUGCAUGUUUUGAUAGAGAAGCAAGCACCGUGGCACAAGUCAUAUCAUUUACAAUUUCCGCAGUUUGUCUAAGCUUUACAAAGCAAAAACAAACAAAAAAGAAUCUGGUCUCAAUAAACGAAAAAAAAGAAACAAGUUAGCCCAAGCUUCAAAAAACAGCACAGUUUAUCAUGAAGCCUCUACAUUUGGCACUGAAGCACUCAUGUCCAAAAAUAAUAACAGCUUAUCAAGUCGUAAAAGUGAGACUCAGGUGGUACAAGAUUGACUCAAAUGAUAAAUGGUGAAUAGUUUAACUGCUGAAACUGUAGAAAGGGGGCCGGGCUAACUUUUAGGGCCUGUUUACAUGGAGGAAGGGGACCCCAGGUAGGAAUGGUAACCCACUUAGGUGGGGUAACCCGCCUGUCCAUAUAAUCUCUCAUUUUAAUUUGAUCACGUUUACAUGAUAGGUGGGGUCACCCUUCAAGGUGGGUAGCCCGGUCUGCCACACCAGGUAACCCUCUCAGCUGAGGUCAAAUUUUGCCAUGUCAACGUUUCAAGGUGAGGAAACCCAGGCUAGUCGGGGUCGGAUUCGAGAUACAUCAAAUUCGCGCAAAAUUCACUUUGGCGCUGGGUGGCUUCACAUAGUUAUUAAAGGUAACAAUAGAAAGCCACAACACCGAAGGUUGCAGCAAGAGCAGCAAUUGAGCGUAGACGUGGUUUGCCAGCAUUUUUCUUGUUUACAUGGUUAGCGACCAUUCAUAUAAUCGUGAGAAACUGCACCCCAUUAUGGCGGGGUUGUAAGAUUGCAUGUAAAGGAGGGUUAUUUUUUUACCCCACCUAAGCAGGUUACCUCACCUAACUGGGGUCUCCCACCUUUAUGUUAACAGGCCCUAAGUCUCAGGAACCGUGAAACUGGUAACAAACGGUAUACCUAACCCGGGACUAGCUGUGAUACUACCGGCCAUCUUCAAGAACGUCAGCAUAGCAGCCAAAGAAGCCAUUACAUCGGUGUAAAACGAAUAUUAGAUUGCGGUUGUUUCAUGCGUCUUGUUUUGUGACUUUUUCUGUGUUCGUUUUUGUCACCAUCUCUAAAUAUCAAUCAUGUUCAAAACACCCCUACUAACAAAAUAUUUCGUAAAGCUCUUUAGAAUGAUAUUCAGCAAAAAAACAAGGUGUGACCAGGAGCCGAUUUCUAGGCUCCUGGUGUGGCAACAUAGGUAUAAGUGAAUGCAAAGUUUUGCAGUAUGUAAUCUGUCAAAAAUCUGUUUGAGUGGUCAAAGUUGGGGCUGAUGGGCUUCUUUAUCAUGACCACUCCAUUAUUAUAAGGGACCAGGCCAUAAUUAUUGUUGACCCCUGCUUUUUUGGUAUUUUAUGUAAUUUUCCACAGCAUUAUUUUGUGAAAAGUUGGUAACUGAAUUGCUCUUGAGGAAUUCAUGAUCGUAAGAUUUCGUAACCACGGGGUAUUCGCCUAAUUGCAUCAAACAAAUUACAUUCAUUUUCAUAAAUGAUGCAUCAUUGGUUGGCUAAAAGAGGCCUUGUUCCUGUAAAUUUCAGCUCUUCUGAAGUUAGUUUGUUUGUAAAUUGUAACGCACGUGCCGACCUUCCUUUUUUUUGAAAGAUCGUAUAGACCUACCAUUAACACUCUGGUCUAAGGGCUCUGAAGUGAAUGAGCCGCUUACAGGUGUAUAGGCAUGCAGGGACCUCAUACACUUCUUUUUAAAUGCAAAUGUGCAAAAAAGAAAGAGUGUUAAAAAUUCCUGGAGAGGCAUGUUUUACAACCUCGUCCCCAGGGCUUAAUAAAAAGGUAGAAAAAGGUAAAGCGACCAUAUUUUACGUCAAUAACUCGUGACAGUGAUAAGUGAUAAACUUGAGGUCGACGGUGCGCUCCUUUUACCCCCCUCUCUCCAUUAAUGCUCCGUUUUAAGGGUAUUUAAAGCUAGUCAAAGCUACACAGAAAAAAGAGAAGUUGAAAUGAGGAGGUGUUGACACCGGGCUCGAACUCGGGACCUCUCGCCUCGAAGGCUGCGCACUAACCAACUGUGCCACCCUUACUCCUCCUUUUCCCCCUGAGGACGAGGUUGACAUGUUUUAAUCAUUAUCUCAAGGACAGGGUUACCAACGAAGCAAAUUAUAAUCUAAUCUUAGCUGCACAAUUACAAAGUGGGCGCGUUGUCAGUUACGGUUCAUGAGGUUGUUCAUGUGGCAUGUCAAACUUUAACGAUUCUAUCGUUUAGGAUGUGAUACAUUUGCGUUUUGUUAUUGUAUGACAUCUUUGAAAGCUGGCUUUGUGAUCUGUUUAAGUUGAUAUGUAAUGAUAUUAUCACUGGCAAGUCUUAGCAGUGACACUGAUAGCCGCACAGUCCGCACAAUGAACAUGGUCACACUUACCGUGUGGAGACUGGGCACUAGUCAGUAUUAUGUACAUGUAAAACUAUUUUGAAUAGUGUAACAACAACUAAACAUUACCAAAUUAAAAACUUAAAAAUUUGCAACAAAUGUUUUUUAGCCAAAUCAAACAAGAAGAGUACUCACCACAGGGCACCCAAUCUGCUAUUAUAGGUGAAAGUUAAUCCCCCCUUUCAUCUGUAAUUAGGACCAUUUGUAACGGGCACCCCCUCCAGUAUUAAUCGGUAGGUACUAAGGAAGCUCUGUGCCAAAUUUGACACUUUUGUCACGUCUGUAACGAUCCGGCCUAUAUUUUGCACUAAGAGACCUGACUAUCUGGUAAGAUAUUGUCCCCAGAGGCUCUUCUCGCCGUUCUUUACCAUUUUCCCGCCCGUUUAGACUUUCUCUCACCCCCACUAUCUGCCACCGGGUCUCCGAGGAUGGAUAAUUGCUGGUUUGUACCUGACGUCACGGCGGCCAUGUUGGUCAGUGGUCACGAACAAAAGCAUUUCUCUCCUCUGGGAACUAAACGCCAUUUUCAAGUAAAUUCUUCUUGAGAAAAUUCUAUUAUAUUGACCCUCAACAUGGCCGCCUAGUCACGCGGUUGGGAACCAAGAUACUUCUCUUUAUGUUACACUCAUUGUUGUCAGUUUUUUCUCUUACUAGGUCGUAAAAGCGUUCGUUAUUCUGUCGCCGCAUUUCAGUGGUGACAAAGUCUCGUUAGUAAAGGAAUUACAAGAUCACGUUAAAGAAACUACAGCACCUUACAAGUACCCAAGAAAGGUUAAACGCGCAGUAUUAAAAGUCUCCGUUGUCGUUUAAGUUUCAAAGGUCGUGACACUGCCUUGCCGAACUCAAUAAAUACCAAGAAAAGGCAUUAUGAUACAGCCUGAUAUGCGCGUUCUCUCGAUUGGAGACACGGCGAUGAUUAAAGUCAUUCCAAAAGUUUGCGGAUCGUCAUUGUUUACAUUUUUGCUCAUUAGCGUACGACUUUACCCAUCGUAUGCACAAAUUAAAUUCAAAAGUUGAAAGAGUUGGUUAAUUUAAACAAUUUGUGCAAUUUUCAGCUUUUUGCAAGCAAUAACAAAGAAAAUAGCAGCCAUCGAAUUUGCCAGGUGGCAUAACGUUAAUGAGCCCAUACAAUCUUUGUAAACUUUCGAGUUUUUCAAAGUUAAUUUCUCCGAAACUGUUCGGUAUAUCGGGCACAAACUUUCGCAGAUAAAGUGAUUUUAAUUAACCUGUGAAAAAGGUAGUAGAAUACUACGCACUUUUAUGCACUAAUUCCAUUGUCUUGUUUUGUUUACUAGUAGCUGUUUUGCAGUAGUUGUUAGUAUCUGUUUCACAGGUCAAGUAAAAUCGCUCUAACUGAAAUUAUUAUGCUCUUUCAAUGGUCAGAGAGUUUAUUUUAAUCGCUUGAUCAGAGAAUGAAGUGCAUAUGCUAAUGAGGUAAAAAAUGUAAACAAAGAUUCGCCCAUACAUUCGUAGUGCUAAAGUCGGCUUAGCACGACACGACUCACACGAUCUUUGAAAUGGUCCGUCAGUCACUGGUCAGUUAGAUGCUAAAUAAAGAAAAAUAUAUAAUUUCGUGUAAUAAAAAAGGAUUUGUAUCACUGGAUGAUUUACAGCUCAUGAGUUACCCGAUUUCAAUACUUAUUACAAUUUACAACGAGAACUCAAAGGAAGUAAAAAAUGUAAAGCUACUCAAAUGUACAAGAAAGAGUUAUUUAUUAAUACAAAAGUGAAACUUCGAUUCUUCAAUGAAACUAUUUGUUUGCAUUUUCUUAUAUGGCUCCUCUUCAACAGCAAAGCUAAGGCUAGUCAGAGGGAUGCUGCAGUUUUCUGACUGUAGAAUUUCCUUGCAGGUUAUGUAUUUAUUAUUAGUUAUUAUUAUUAUUAUUAUUAUUAUUAUUUUCAUUAAUAUAUCUAUUGUUUAUCACUCCCUUUGAAGUUUUCAAAUUGCUUUUGCAGAUUGAGUUUGUGGAGACUUUACCCAAGACAGUCAGUGGUAAGAUUAGAAGAGUGGAAUUAAGGGAAAAGGAGUGGUCUUAGAUUGCCUGAUAGUACAUACACAUCUACUUCUGUUAGAAUCAUUGACAUGUCACGCCACGCAAAGCACGGAAAGAGUUUGAAUAGUAACAGAGGAACAUAGGCGCAGCUUAUUACAGGGCAACGUUACCAUGGUUACAAGAUAUGGACAAACCCAAAGAUCUUAAGUCCUUGCAACAGUGGCACUUUAUGUUUGCUACAAUGGAAACGUUACUAAAAUGUUCAUAACACAGCAUACGUAAAAACCGCCAAGUAAGAACCUAGUUUUUAAGAAUCUGUUAGGCUAACAUUUGCCAGUUAGACCCCCUGUUUACCGCAAAAGACUGGAAUGUGAAACAGAAUUUUAUUGUCAAAAUUAAGUACUUGUACGUUACGUUCUGAAUGAGACUUCAAAAUUCACGUGAUCAGUGUUUUAACAUUUCUUAUCUUGGCCAUUUUUACAUAAUUACUUACUUGGCAUGAAUAUUUUAAGUAAGCAAUAGGCAAAAAACAACUAAUUCUAUUGAAUACAAUAAGAACCUGAAAAAACGUAAUUUGUGCAAAUUUCCUUUCAUGUAAAAACCUGUUUAGGGUAACUUGGGAAAAUACAGGUUCUUAUUCGUGGGUUUUGCUUUCUUACGGGAUAGUUAUUCUGCCAGGAUGCUUUCUACAUCUACAUCUACAUUUAUUAAGUUGAUAAAAUCUUGUAAGACAUCACAUCAACUAAUUAUUUAUCAUUUAU